AUGGAAGAUAUCAUCGCAUUCAUUGGCAUCGGAGCAAUGGGAUAUGGCAUGGCUGCGAAUCUCAGAAAGAAGAUGCCACAAUUCAGCAGCCAUAGACAUGUCGGAAUUGUGGGCACGACAAAGGAAGCCGCUGAGAAAGCGGGCACAAUAAUAUCGAUGGUACCACGAUCAGACGAUGCUAGGAAGAUAUACCUGGAUCCUCAAACAGGAGUGAUUGCCGCCGUUUCGAGUAUUGAUCUGAAGAACACACUGCUUGUCGACAGUUCCACCAUAGAUCCUGCAACCACGAGAAAUGUCGGCGAGAAAUUGAUGAAAGCAGGCGUAGGUACCUACGUUGAUGCACCAGUCUCCCUAGGGCGGCAUAGCUCGCGCGGCAGACGGUGGCCUAGCUUCAUGAUCGGCCACCCACCCGCUGCAUCUUCGACAAAAAAGCGAAUCCAGUCACUGAUUCACCAAAUGGGAAACCCUGGAAAGGUGUAUUUCUGUGGCCCUCUCGGCUCAGGUCUGGCCGACAAAAUCUCGAACAACUAUCUCUCGGGCACAUUUAAUGUUGCCAUCUCCCAAGCAAUGUCGAUUGGCAUCCUCUCUGGUGUCGAUCCCCAGACUCUUUUCAACGUGAUCAAAUCCUCAUCCGGGCAAUCUUGGAUGGCUGAGAAUCAUCAACCUGUUCCAGGCUUAGUCGAGUCGGCGCCAAGUUCGCGAGGUUGGGAAAGGAGUUUGGGGCAUGCGAUGAUGAUGAAAGAUCUAGGACUGGGAGUUGCGGCCGCAAAGGAGGUGGGCAUUGAGCCGACUAUGGGUGAUAGAGCAUUGGAAAUGUGA